AUAAAGUAGAAGAAAAUUUAGAUAAGCGCCACCUUCUAUUUAACAACUUUGGCGGUUUUCCGUUACGUUUCAUGUUGACUUUUACAAAAGUUCGUUAAGUAAAACUUAACAGAUUAUUUUACUACUGUGAUUUUAUUUAUUUUUCAGAUAUUGUGAAGUAAAAUGACAACUAAAAAUAACAUAAACGUGUCUGACUUUUUAAAAAUUGAAAAAAUUGGAGAGGGAACUUAUGGAGUCGUAUAUAAAGGAAAGAAUAAAAAAACUGGAGAAUUGGUUGCAAUGAAAAAAAUCAGAUUGGAGUCAGAAGAUGAAGGAGUACCAUCGACUGCUAUUAGAGAAAUUUCUCUGCUUAAAGAAUUAAGACAUCCCAAUAUAGUUUCACUGGCAGAUGUUAUGAUGGAAGAACAAAGAUUAUACCUAAUAUUUGAAUUUUUAACUAUGGAUUUGAAAAAAUAUUUAGACAAAAUUGAACCUGGUAAGUACAUGGAUCCCAAGCUUGUUAAAAGUUAUUUUUAUCAGAUGAAUUCAGCAAUAUUAUUCUGCCACCAAAGGCGUGUACUUCACAGAGAUUUGAAACCACAGAAUUUACUUAUUACUGUAGAUGGACUGAUAAAGGUUGCAGAUUUUGGUCUUGGACGGGCAUUUGGAGUUCCAGUAAGAGCAUAUACACAUGAAGUAGUAACAUUAUGGUACAGAGCACCUGAAGUACUUUUAGGCUCAUCAAGAUACUCAUGUCCCAUUGACAUAUGGUCUUUAGGUUGUAUAUUUGCAGAAAUGGCCACAAAAAGGCCAUUGUUCCAAGGUGAUUCAGAAAUAGAUCAGUUAUUCAGAAUUUUCAGAAUUUUAAGAACGCCAACUGAUGAACUCUGGCCUGAUGUAUCAUCUUUUCCCAAUUACAAAGCUACAUUCCCAAAUUGGACCCACUUUAACCUCGCUAGUCAAGUUAAAAAUUUAGAUGAUGAUGGAAUAGAUUUAUUGGAACAGAUGUUGGUUUAUGAUCCAUCAAAAAGGAUAUCAGCUAAGAGAAUUGCUACACAUUCGUAUUUACAAGAUGUUGACCUAUCAGUGAAACCAACAUUUACUGAUUGUUGAAAAUUUACUUUUUCAUGAUAUUAGUUUAUUAUAGGAGAUGCUGGCUUCCAUUUUGUUUGCUAAAAAGUUUGUCGAGAGAAUUCUUAGAACUUACUAGUUUAUACAUUUAAUCAGGAGUAAUGUUACAAAAAUGUAAAUCUCUAGAAUAUUCUCAAAUACAAACAAAAGAUGUCCUCUUAAUAGGAAUAUAUUUUUUAAUCAAUAAGCUUAAGAUUUUCGGUAAAUUAUUUUUAUUGUACUUUUGGAUUAAAUAAGAUCAGAUCUCUUAGUUCAAGCUAUUAACCAUGAACAAAUUAAUUUUAUAUUAUUCCAUGAACAUUGAAAGUAUUUGAAAGAUUUGAUAUGAAUUAGCUAACUGGUUUGAUUACUUUUCUAUUAGUGGACAAAUGACUUCAUAUGAUUAUUUAGAACGAAUUUUACCCAGUUGAUUUCAUGGCGCAUGAUGUAAUAAAAGUUUUAGAACAACUGUUUAAACAUAGGGAUUUAUUUCAUCUUUAGAUAUUUUUUCAUUUAUUUUUAAAUUUGAUUAAUAUCCUUGACAUCAAAAUUGUUUUAUUAUAAAUACAAAUAUAUGUCUUUGAAUACCAUUUGUUCAAUAAAAUGGAGGCUAGUAUCAAUCAACUACUUUGGGUCAAUCACUUUAUUUAUUAUAUUUUUUAUUUCUAUGUAAUUUUUUGGUAACUUUAUAAAAAUAUUUAAUUCAUGUUUAAUUAUCACCAAUCUUAGCAAAAACCGAAUUGUUUUAUAUUAGUUUGAUUUCUAUAAUAAAUAAGCAGAUAUGCAUGUUUACACAUUUAAAUGCUUAUGAAUGUGAAAUUUAGUAUAUUAGAAAUUUUUUUUCGCUUUCAACUUAUGUUCUAGACAAUUAUUUGGAACAAAUUUGUGUUGCCAAUCAAAAUAUUUAAAUGAAAAGUGGAUAGCACAAUAACUAUUUGAAAAAUACGAAACAUUCUCAAUUUUUUACUAGUUACUACAAUUUUUACAAUACAUCUUAGAUUGCAUCCAAAAUUCUUUAGUAGAAAAGUAAUAAAACAAAUAAAAUUAACUAGUAAUAUUAUGAAAAAUUCAAUUUUCUAAAUUUAGAACUACAAAGGUACUUUGAGUCUAUUUUAAAAUUCCUUUUCUAAUAUUUCAACUGUUCAAAACAAAUUAUUGUAGAAAAGAUGCAUUAUCAUAUUGGUGUUUGUUUUUAAAAUAAUUUAACCUAUCAAUUUAAAAUUUUUUUAUCUGAAAAUGUUCAACUUUUGGUCUAUAAAUUCUUUAAGCUAAACUUACAAAUGGCUUUGUAAGUCGCAGUUUAAACGUUAUUACUUUUGAUUAAUACAUCAUCGUCAGAACAGUCUUAUCACUGAAGCUGAUGUUUUAGAACCAUAUUAUCCACUUGGUUACUAGUUCCUUGAUUGUUACUAUUAACAAGUUAUAUAUGCAAAAUUAACAAAUUGCUUCGAAAAUCACUGUUUAAAGAUUAUUACUUUUGGUUUGUAGAUCAUAGACAGAACAAUCUUCUCACUAAUAAUUGUGUGUGGUUCCCAAGCUGAAGUUUUAGAACCACAUAAUCCACUUGGUUACAGGUUUCUUGUUUGUUGUUAUUAACAAGUUAUAUAUGCAAAUUAGCAAGUUGCUUCGAAAAUCACUUUGAAAACUACUACUUUUGGUUUUUAGAUCAUAGACAGAACAAUCUUCUCAUUGAUAAUUGUGAGUGAUUUCCAAGCUGAAGUUUUAGAACCCUAAUAUCUACUUGGUUACUGCUUCCUUGAUUGUAGUUUUUAACAAGUUAUAUAUGCAAAACUAACAAAUUGCUUCGAACAUCACGGUUUGAAGACUAUUACUUUUGAAUUGUGUAUCAUAUGCAUAACAAUCUUAUCAAUGUUACUUAUGUGUGAUUCCCAAGUUGAAGUUUUAAAAUGUGUCCUCUUGACUACUACAUUAUCUCUAUGCACAACUUAAUAUUGUACGUACAUAAUAUGUAUUGUCACAAAAAUUCAAUAUAAACUACAUGAAAUUUUUGGGAAUAUUGUACUUAGUUUAAAUAUUAGAUUUACGACGUAAACGUUGACAUGUAAGAAGAAUAUAGAAUUUUUCGUGACAAAACAUUUCUCCAUGUUACCUUAUAUAUUCACACAUUUCGAAGACACAAAAUAUUAUUUGGAGAAACUCUGCCACUUUUAAAAAUCAGUUGCCUAACAUCUACUAAACUCUAACAAACAUAGUAGCAUCAUUUUAAUGUUAUAAUUGUGCCAUUAUUUAGUAUUAAAUGGUUGUGCCAAAUUUUGUUAAGUAGAAACUAACUGUCAUAUACAUAUUAUCUAUUAUUUAUAUUAAUUGCUUUUAUAUUUUUAUAAAGUACGUUGUAAAAUAAAACUAACCAUACUACUGAACAUACUGUUUACACUACCACUACACCAACACUCAAAAUUACACUGUCCCGCGUUUCGAUAACCAAAUUAUCUUAAGUGUUGGUAUAGUGGUAAUGUAAACAAUGUGUUCAGCAUGAAUAUAAGUAUAUUCAAGUAUAUUCAACCAACAUCAUUUUUGUUUUUGCUUGCCACUUGGAAAGAUUUCAUGUUUUUAGAAUUACUAUAAUUCCGUAUAUAAAGUAUUAUAUAUAAUAUCUAGUUUCAAUUACAACGAACUAUUAUAUGGUGUGAUAGUGUUAUGAUGCUACUGUUUUUUUUUUGAAACAAUUUAAAUCACUUCAUAUUGAAGCAACCAUUUUAAACUGUUUUGCAAUUUACACUUUUUUAUAAUAUACGAUUUUUUACCAAAGCUUGAGGUAAAUCAAUGGAUGUAUCAAAUUCAGUGAAAAAACUCAAUAUCAUUUAUAAUAAUGAAAUAAAUACGAUGAAAAAAGUUUUUUAUGAAACAUUUUAUAUUCCACUUUACAAAUGUGACUUGGAAAACUAAAAUUGCGAAUUUUACUACUAAUAAACUUCACUGGGUAUUCAUAAAAGGAAGAAUCUCAUAUUUAAUUUGUAUUUUAAUCGAAAGGUAACAAACCCUUGUAUUUACGAACCUUUUUUAUUGUUGCCUUCGAUAUAUCACCUAAACAAUCUUAUUUAAAAGCAGUUUUGCUUGAGCUAUUAUUAUAUAUUAUUUUACAUACAAUUAUUUGUAUAAUAUUCCUAUCACCAAAAUAGAAGAGACAUAAAAUAUCAGCUCCAAUUUUCUACACUAAUUAUAUAUCUACUUUUAUUAAAAUUUUGACAACACAUUCAUCAAAACUCUCCCUUCAAUAUUAGAGAUUAUUAUGGAAUGUUGCUGGAUAUAUUCACUUCAUCCCAAUAAAUAUAAUAGUCUCAGCAUAUUUUCUAGCGUUCAUUUAAUCGAAAUUUAUAACAAAUUAAAAUUUAAUCCUAUUUUAUUCACUCUUAUUUACAAAUUUCAAUAGUCAGUUGUAAUUCGCCAUAAAAAUCAUUUCCCUUAUUCUUUACACUAUUUUAUUUAUACAUUUAAAUAAUUUACAUUAAGAUACAUAUAUACUGCAACAAACUUGAGAGGGUAUACAAAAUGCCUCUUGUAUUUUUGAAAAAGUCCAGAAAUAAAUUUUUUAGCGCUCUUUCGAAAUAGCACAGAAAAACAACUCAAAAGUUUCCAUAAUUGUAGUUUUCAGAGAUCGAAAAAUGACAUAAAUAAUCAUUGACUAGUAAAUAAUAUCUUUCAUUUACUGAACUUCUAUUUUCAAACCAAACAGUCGUACCUUUAUCAAUAUAGUAGAUGCAAACUUUUACUCUCACAAGUGUGUUGCUAAAAAAUAAAUAAUAUACAUGUUUAUAGGUUUUCUAAUUACCAAAAAGGUUUCAUUUUUAAAACUUUUUUGGUACAAUAAUGGUAUAAUAAAUAUGCAGAAUGAGGAAUAUAUAUUAGAAUGAUGAUUAAUUUGUUAUAUAUUUGGAUCAUUCUAUGUAUAUAUUGUUAUUUGACCUUUACACUCUAAAUGCGGAGUGAAACCUAUAACUACAAAAAUAAGUUUUAUUAUUUAUAGAAGUAAUAUUUUCAUUUGAUAUUUUUAUAUUUUCCUAGACUAGAUUUUGUUUUUAAGCAAAAUAUUUUACUGUAUAUGGUCAUAUUUACGAUUAUUAAACUAUAUUUGUUUUUCAUUUUA